GACAUCUACAACUGGGGUAGAAAGAAGACUGGAAUUUAUAAAAUAUUCCCUUUUAAAAGUGAAAACAACUUGACUUCCGUUCAGGUGUUGUGUGACAUGGAAUCAGCAGGAGGGGGUUGGACGGUCAUUCAGCACAGGAAUCGAGAUAAUCCCCGUGUAAAUUUUAACACAACCUGGGACGAAUAUAAACGAGGUUUUGGGGAUGUUAAUGGAAAUUAUUGGAUUGGAAACGACGCCAUUCGUAAGCUGACCACAGCCUACGAAAACUCCUUGUACAUCAGAAUGGAAUCUACAAAGAAAAAGUCGUAUGAAGUGCAAUAUACUUUAUUUUCCAUCUCCAAUGAAACUGAUGGUUACAGACUUUCUCUAGGGCAGAAGUCAGGAAACAUUGCUGAUAAAUUCAGAUCGUGGCACGAGGUGGUGAAUCAUCCCUUUUCCACGUUCGACCAUGCCAGAAACAGGUGCGCGGCUCAGUGUGGAUCUGGAUGGUGGUACAAGAACUGUGCUCUUGUAAAUCUUAAUGCUCCUUUUGCUGGAGGACCCAGGGAUCCUGUAUGGGAAGGGAUUAUUUCAAGCGGCAGUGAUCUUUUCUUAUCAGAAAUGAUGAUUAAAAGAAAGCACUAACAUUUUUCUUCAAUUUCAAAAACAAAUUUAACAUAUGUUUAAUUUUUUAUUUAUUUCAUCUAUUUUAAUAAAUAUAUCAACCAAAUAAACAAAUACCAUUCAUCAUUAUUGUGCACAUAUGAAUCUAUAUUCACUCUGAUAUAUUUUAAACAAAGCCGUUUUGUUGGUAUGCAAACAAAUAAUUAAAAGAAUUUUUAAAAGGCACAUGAAAACAUUUAACACUUAAAUUCCCUGUUCUCUAGACUCCCAGAUCCUUUCAAUAUUUGUUGGGUCCAAUUAUUUACAUAGUCUUGCAUUAACAUUGAACAAAGUUAUCCUGAACGGUCGAAAAUUGGCAAUGAUAAAUUUUAUCCUAACUUCUUUUAUCUGUAUUCAAUAGAUAGU